UUCACUUUUUCCACAUUUCCUCCACUAACAGGUAAUCAAAUAAAAUAGAAAGGCAAUAAAUUUAUAUUCCUUCCUUUCGGCCCAACUUUUAAGCCAUUGCCGAAGAACAACCAUUCCACCGUUGGCACACCAAAAUCGGAGGUAUCCGGACCACCAAAUUAUCAUCAAUUCCGAACGACUUUCAAGAUCUUUUAAAAUGCUACCGACAAAUCAGAACCUCUCGGCCCUAUCCACUUAUGUCCGACUGGCGGUCCGCCAAGCCGGGUGCCGUAUGACUGGUAGACUGGCCUUUUCGACACGCCGCAACCAAGGCGUGGGCGAUCGAGAUCGAGAUCUCAAUAAGAACGAUGAAUACCUGGGCCGUCAGCGCGACGAACCCAAUCCGGAGUACCACCAUGCUCCCCGGUGCUAUGUGAAGAACUUCCAGAAGUACCAGGAACAGGCACAGGACCGCGGCGAGGUGCAGACGACCCGCUUCCGCAAUCCGCGUUACCGCUGGGCGGACUUCCGGCGACGAAUGGUUUAUGGAACCUAUGACAUCUAGACCGUUCUUCAUUAGGCUCUCUAUUAAGGGCAACAAACGUCGAAAGCUCUUUUAAAUUGGGCUCCUGUACGCUUC